ACAAAGAAGAAAUGUUGAAGGGAUCAUAUUACUGAUCAGCAGGUUCCAGCCUAUUCUGGGCCAAUAUUCAGCACUGUCUGCUUUCAGGAACGGAGAGUUGUAACAUACCAUUUCAUGCUGCAAAAUUCGGUGGUCCUUCUGUGAAUGGAAGAAUUUUUAUUGAUUGCCAGAAUUUAUAAAAUCUGAACAUUCAGAGGAAAGUUACUACUGACUCCGUGGUCCCUACAAAGAAGCCUGGAAUACAAAAUGGAAACAAAUGUAGCUGGAAAGGGGACAAUCAAAGUACGAAUUUCAAAAUCUCUCUCAGAUGGUGAAGAAGUAGCUAUAACUGCUCGGAAGAAAAAGGUGGAAAAAGCUCUUACUAAGCUUGGGAUGCAGUGUGAUUCGGAGAACAUCCCUAAUAUUGCUGUCCUAGGAGCAGGAGGAGCUAUGAGGGCUAUGAUUGCACUGUAUGGCACUCUAGUAGAACUGAAGAAAUAUAACCUUUUGGAUUGCAUCAUGUACUUGGGUGGGGUGUCAGGUUCUACCUGGUGCUUGCCAACUCUAUACAAAAAUGAAGAUUGGUCAGAAGAAAUAGAGAAUUUGAGUAACUGUCAGUUUGAAAAUCUUGUCCAAGGCCAAUGGGAUGUUAAUAAAGCAAUGGAAGCUGUUCUAGAGGCUACAGAAGAUGAAUGUUACUCACUCACUGAUUUCUGGUCCUAUUUUCUUGUGCAUAAAUUGCUAAGAAAGUUUGAGGAAGGAAAAUUGUCUGAGCAUGCUGGAUCUUGUGAGGGUGGAAAAAACCCUUAUCCUAUAUAUGCAGCUGUGAACAAGCAAACUUAUCAGAAUCAAAAUGCAGGUACCUGGUUUGAGUUUACCCCUCAUGAGGUUGGAAUUCCUGGACUAGGAGCAUAUGUAGAUAGUAAAUACUUUGGGAGCAUAUUUCAAAAUGGGCAGCUGAUCAGAGAAAAAAGAGAAAAAAAUAUUUGUUAUUUGCAAGGUUUAUGGGGAAGUGCCCUUGGAGGCGAGCAAGAGAUUUCAAAGACUAUAUCAGAUAUGUUAAAAUAUAUUGGCAAAUAUAAAAGAUCAGAGGACCUUACUUCAAAAGAUUUAGAAACAGACAUAAAGAAAUUAAAUAUGCUCUAUGAAUGCUAUCAGACGCUCCUGGAACUUCAGUUAUUGGAAUCUACAGAUAAUGAAGGACUAGAUAAACUUGAUCACCUAGAAAAUAUCUUGAAAGAUUUUAAUUCCAGCAAAAGCUAUCAGUUGAUCAGAGAGAUGCAGGAAACCUGGUAUUCUGCAGAUGAACAGAGAAAAAAGGAAGAGUACAUGACAUUAUUCCAAACUUUGGAUACCGAUUUUGGAGAUUUUACCAAUGACUUCCAUCAGAAGUGUUUUAAAAUGGUGAAAAGAACAUGUUUAUGCCUUUUAAAUUGGUCAUGGGGAAGCAUCAAUAAUUUCCUUUACCAUUGUUCUGAUGUUGAAUUUCCUGAACUCACAAGUGAUCCCAUCAUAUCUUUGAUUGAUGCUGGUCUCACUAUAAAUACAGCAUAUCCAUCAAUUCUGCGUCCUGAGAGGCAGGUGAAGUUGGUUCUGUCUUUUGACUUCAGUGCUGGAGAUCCUUUUCUGACAAUUAAAAAAGCUGCUGAAUAUUGUGAAGCACAUGCAAUUCCAUUUCCAGAAAUAGAUGAGAAUGCAUUACAAGAUCUAGAUAGUCCAUCAGAUUGCUACAUCUUCAGAGGAGAACACACACCAACUAUUAUACAUUGUCCAUUAUUCAACCAAAUCAACUGCCCAGGUGAAAUUGCUGAAUAUAGAGAACAAUUCUCCACUUUCAAGUUGAGCUAUUCUGUUGAAGAGAUUGAAAAGUUGCUUAUUGCAGCAAAGAAGAAUGUAGCAAAUGUUCAGCAAAAGAUUCUGGAGGAAAUCAAGCACAUUGUAGGCUGUCCUUCAUAAACUGCUGAAGCAAAUGUUUCCCAUUAUAUAUUGAUUGAUGAAAAGCUUGUUCUCCAGCAGAAAACACUGUUACUAACUAUUAAUACCCAGGAAGGUUUAUGCAGUUUCCCUUCCUCCUCUGAAAGAGGUUUAAUUAAUAUCUAUUGAGUUUGAGAUCACACAAGAUUUGUGAUUGCUGCUAACAUUAUAAAAAAGUAAAAUUUUACAUUAAUAAUUGUUAAAUUUGGAGUUGAAUAUUCAGAGAAGUAAAGAAUGGGAAAAAUUAAAGAGGGAGAACUAUCUAUUUUGAGAUAGUAGUUAAGACAUCAGACUAGAAACUAGGAGACUGUAAAUUCUAGUCUUGCUUUAGAUAUGAAUCUAGCUAGCCAUUUCUAAACACUAAUGACAAAACAACUGCAAGGAAUAGUGAUUGGGACUUAAAAAAAUGACUUGGAGAUACAAGUUUUAUGACUCUUUAUGAAGUACUGCUAUAUUUUCUACUUUUUAUUAUAUAUAUAUAAUAACCUUGUCGAAACGUCACCAAGAUACUCUCAAUCUUACACGGGAAAAGACCCGAAUAUGCCAAGACCUGCAUACCUGUACCCGUGAAAAUCUACAAAACCACACAUACACACACACAUAGAUAUACACAUACAUAUACAUACAUAUUUACUUAUAAUAUUUAAACAUGUUACAUGUAUUUACAAUUUAGUCAUAUUUAGAUGCCCAAAUUUGUCCUUGGUUUAGCAAAGAUGCACAAAACAUUUUAAUACACAUAGCAAAUUAGAGGAAAGAUUGAUUUGAAGAACUUCCUAACUUCUAUAUCUCUGAAAAUGAUGGAGAAUUUAUUUCAAUUCAGUUGAGUAUGGAAUUACAUACUAUGGUUCUGGAAUUAAUAUGUUCCAGCACCAUAAUUCUUUCCCUUUUUGUGUAUUUGCAAUUCUUAUGAAUAAUUGUUGGACACUGUUUAAAGAACUGUGCACCUAAUUUCUCUUACAAUAAGAAUUAUGUUCACAUUAAUAUGUAAGGUGUGUGUGAUCAAGAAAUUUGUUGUUAAGAGUGCAGAGUAAGAGUGGCAGAAGAAUAAAGCCAAACAUAUAUUUUAUUACAUUCCUUAUAGAUACAGUAUAACCUCCUACAGAGUACUUUAUUAACAUGAUUCACACAUUUUCCUAACCAUAAUUUGUUUGACCAUGGCUUAUUGAGAAAAGUUUUAUUGGACGCACUUAUUCUGUGCUACAAACCUUAUCAACACAAGCAGUGGAUUUAAAUGGAAAAUAAAUUUCCAGAAGAAACUAUUUCCAGUUGCUCUUUUUGUCACUGUUUCAAAACCAAAAGAACACAGAAUGAAUUGCCCAGUCCAUCAACCUAACAAAUAUGGGAAUGCCAAAAAAGGCAUCUAGCUAAUGCUUUCUCACACUCAAUUUUGUUGUUGUUAGCUCAUUCAGAAUUUGUUUUCAUGGCAACUGGACUCACUGAAAGGAAACUAUAAAACUAUAAAUUAGUUCAGUAGCCAAAGAAAAGCAAUGUUGAGGACAUAAUGUUCUCAGUCUGGUACAAAUAAGAAUACCCAAGGAAGCUAAUAGGAGAGGUCCAUCAUCCAUAAAAUGAAGCCAAUAUUUUUAGAGAUGACUUAUUACAUUACUUUGCCGUGAUAUAUGGCUUAUUCCAAGCAUCUGAUUGAUUUAGACAAAGACACUUUGUAGUGGUGAGCUAUACUGAACAACACAUGGAAACAAUUAAUGAACAAUCAAGAAAUGCCUUAUUGUCUAAGUAAAACUUCUUUCACAAACCGAAUAGUAGCAAGGAUUGUUUUUUUUAUAAUUGCUUUGCUCUGUAGAGCUGAUGACUUACCAAAACCCAAUUUGUGUACAACAAAACUUAUUUAUAUUUGACAUAAAUAUCUGAAAUGGCAAUGAGCCCUGAAGAUGCUCACUAAAAAUUGUCUACGUAGAAAUUCAGUUCUCUUAAUUCAUCAAGUUAAAAAUGUCAGAUUUUCAGCUAUUUUUUUCAAGAGGAAGUUGAAUUUCACUAGUCAUAGGAAGAAUCUGCAAUUUCAAGAAAUGCUGAAUUUUGUAGCUGUUGUCAUCAGAUUAGAAGAUUUUUAACAAUGAAAGAAAAAGAAAAGGGGAUAAGGAAGACUUUGUUUCAUUUUCAGUUAUAAUCACACUGUACUGAUUUGUUGACAGCAAACUAUUUCUUGGUGUGUGUUUUUUUUUUUUUUUUGAAAUUGUAAGAUAUUAAACAUUUGAUAGUACUUGAUGAAUCAGUGUUUCUAAAUUUAAUCACUUUGGCUCAGAAUUAUUCUUUCCCCAAAGUUCUACCUGAACAAUAAAAACAAUGAGUUUGAUAUCUGAACAAAAUAAUAUACAAUAAUUGCAUAUUCUCCCAGGCUACUGAUGAAGGAGAGGUAAGAUAUGGAUGUUACAAAUAUUUCUAUACAUAUCACUAUAAAUGAACACAUGUUGGACCAGGAGUGAAAUCCAGCAGGUUCUGACAGGUUCUGGAGAACUGGUAGUGGAAAUUUUAAGUAGUUCGGAGAAUCGGUAGUGGAAAUUUUGAGUAGUUUGGAGAACCAGCAAAUGUCACUUCUGGCUAGAACCAUAGUGGGGUGGGAAUUGAGAUUUUGCCCACUAAGCCACGCCCACAGAACCAGUGGUAAAAAAUUUGGAUUUCACUACUGUGUUGGACUGUUUGAGUAGCUCAGAAUUUCUCAAUAAUUAUUUUUGCAUGACAGGCUAGGUUAUAGGUCAAUUAUCUGAAUGUGAUUGCAACUGACUUGACAGUUGAGAAUUCCAUAAAUGAGCUGUACAUUCUUAAUUUGGUAAAGAUACUGAUUGUUUUGUAUUUUAUUUUAGUAAUAUUGCCUAAUAAACUAUAACUACAUUUAAAUACA